AUUAUAGAAAAAGUUAAAUCAAAUUAUUUAAUUCAGACUACACUUUAAAUAAUGGAGCGUCUGUUUUAAUGGACCAUGGCCGGUUCUGUAGUUACAUUUACUCAAUGACAAGACAAUCUAGAUAGGUAAAUUUUGACAAACUAUGAUGUUGGCUUGACAAAGCCUUUUAUGAAAGUUAGUUUUAAAAAGGUUAUGAUGGAUGGAUGGAUGGAUGGAUAGCAUUUUAAGGCAGGUUGAUAGCUUUUUGUUAGCUUAUUGACAGUUGGACUUUGAAUUCGUAAAAAAUUCUGAGACAGACUCUGAACAUUCUGUCAAUGUAGACCAAAGUCUUUCUAGCAAAUCAGUCCACUGUCGGCCAUCUUUGGAACACUCCCGGGAAGCUAUUUCCAGUCAUUAAAGUGCAGCUUCUAUCGACCUGAAUGGGGAUAGACCGAAAUCUUCAAAACUGUUGGUCAGGAUUACGAUGAAAGAGCAUAUUUCAAAUCAGCAGUAAAUCUGACAACACUGAUAUCAUAAAUUGUGCUACUUCAGAUUUUGCUAAAUAACACAAUUUCAUAGCUUGUAUAGCUACUGUGCAUGCACAUUCUCGAGUUGAUUGACAGUCGUUGUCUGUGUCUAAAAGGUGAUUGGCUCUUUUACCUGCAAAGCGGGACUUCCUUUCUAUAUCCAUUGACCGUUGGGCUUUCCAAUUUCUCCAAUUCAUUUUAAAAGAAGUGAAAGAAAGAAACCGCAAGUCUGAUUGUUUAGAAAAGAUAUAGCAACCAGAUCCACAGCAGUCUAAAGGUCUAUGCUAAGUUUGGUUAAUUUCACUUGAAAGCUUUAGUUUAGAUUUGAGUUACAGUCGGAAAUUUUGGUCUUUUGGGGGGAAUUUGUCAAGCCAACAUAAUGAUAGCUACAGUAAGCCAAAGAUUAUUUAGCCAAAUACUGAGCACUUGUAUUUAAAUGAAGGGGAGUAAUUGAAACACCCAAUAUGGUGCAUGUAGAAAUGGAAGUCCUGCCUUACAGGUAAAAGAGCCAAUCUUCUUUUACUGUAGAUACAGACAUUGCCUGUCAGUCAACUCGCGAAAGCGCAUGCGCAUUAGCUGGACCAGCCUGGAAAAUAGCAUUUUUUUAUAGCACAAUUUUUUAUACCUUUUGUGGAGGGGGGGUGAUCGAGCACCGAUCUGUGGAGAGUGAGGUCCGGGAAGGCUGAGUAGUUAAGGAUUUACACCUGUGCUAAAACCUAUUUGCGUUCCCAGUGAGCCAUAACAUGGAGAUAAAAGGGGAGAAAAUGGCAGCAGAGAGGGAGAGAGCUGAGCUUCCAGCAUGUGUGUGAACCAGAAACCAGUUCUGCUGAAAAGCAAGCAUUGGGUGUGUGAUAAAUACUGAAAAGUAUAAAAAUAAAAUACUUUGUUUGGAACGAGACACGUCAUCUCCCGCUUCCUCUGUCCAAGAACUAAAAGGUAUUUGUUACAGUGGUGCCAAAGCCUAAUCUCGCCUCUGGCCGAGAUUGUCCAAAACCUCGCUGGCAUCCACCAGAUGCAACAUCAGGCCCUCCUGAACAGGGGGUACUCCAGCAGUGACCCCGUCCAUGCCUGCUGUGCCUUAAAUCACGCUGGCAAAAAUGGGACCACAGGAUGACCCCGAAGCCUUAUAGAACUGUUUGAACAUGCCACGGAGGGAUCAGGGUGGUCCUAAGGCGGUCUGUCUGUUGCCGCUGUUGUCAGGGGAGGCUCAGCUGGCAGCACAACAGCUACCUGUCGCGAGCCUGCUGGAGUACUCAGACCUGAAACGAGCCAUCCUGCAAAGGGUUGGCCGCAACCCCAAACAUCACCAUCAGAGCUUCCGGGUGCUGACAUUUGGGGAGUCCGGCAGCCCGUUUGCCUUCGCCUAUCAGCUCCGUGACGCCUUUCGGGGGUGAUUGCUGGCUGAGGACCACAGCGCCGAUGGAGUCGUAAACCUGGUGGUGCUGGAGCAAUUUGUCGACCGUCUGCCAAAGGGAACAGCAGAGUGGGUCCAGUGUCACCAUCCGGCAUCGCUGGAGAAGGCCGUCCAGCUGGCCGAGGACCACUUGGUAGCGCAUCUGGGAGAUGGCGAUUAUUUUUUUCUAUCUGUCUCUGUCUCUUUCCCUCUCUCUCUUCCCCUUCCCAUAUUGUUCCUAUCCCUACCCCCAGCGAUGGGGGUUCAAUUUCCCUAAGCCGGCUCCCUGGACCCAGGGGGUUUCUAUUGCCCUGAACCCCUUUGUUCCCUAUCUGUCACUCACUCGACGUUGGUGUCGAUGUAGUGACACUAGGGGUCACUCUUGGGAGCCCGAGACACCUCUGGUCUUUGAUAAAAGGCCAAUGAAAAUUGGCGAGUGGUAUUUGCAUGCCACUCCCCCGAACAUACGGGUAUAAAAGGAGCUGGUAUGCAACCACUCAUUCAGAUUUUCUCUUCGGAGCCGAACGGUCAUGCUCACUUAGCUGAAUACUACUGUUCAUUCACCUCUGCUGGAUCUGACGGCGCAUUUCAGCGGCUUCUCCCUCCUCUGCACUGGUGCACUGCAGAGAAUGCCCCUGGGCGCUUUGGCAGAAAACUAGAGAGUAUAUUUUCUGAAAGAGCAUUUUUCCCCUCUAAAAGAGUAUAUAUUUCUCUAAAAGAGCGCACACACGGAACGUCUUUUUAAAGACGUGUCUUUUUAAAGAUGCUUUUCCGAUUGUGUGUUAUUCCUGGUUGUGCUCGUUAUCUCUCGCCUUCUAAUGGUCACGAUCACUGUCUUUCGUGUCUGGGCACUGCUAACGAGGAGACAGCGUUCGUGGAUGGUCAUGUUCUCAUUGCGAGAAUAUGUCCAUGGCAACGUUGCGGUCGCGGCUCGCCUUUGUAAGAAAGCAAGCCACCCCAGAGGCUCCCACCUCGGUCCUUUUACCCACGGGUUUGAGGCCAGCGCGGCUAGCACUGGGGGCGAUUUGGGGACCCCAAUGGGACCGCCUCAGCCGGGUAUCCCCCCGUGGACCUCCCAUUCCCCAGCACGCUCGUCUGCCCCGAUCUGGCUUCCGGGUGAGUCCGCCGGCUCGUCUCACGGCGAGUUCGACCUUUUAUUCGGAGCCCGCGAAAGUGAUGAGCUCUCGAGCGCAGCAUCGGAGAGCGGGCUCGUCCAGUCGGAAGCCAGAGCUGGGCUCCUCCCUUCGGGGUCGAUCGCCCAGUCACAGGCUGACGCGGAGAUGACGACAUGCUUUCCCGAGCGCCGCUCAAAGCCACGCCCCGUUCCUUUCUUCCCGGAAGUGCAUGAAGAGCUGACAAGGUCGCGGGAGGCACUUUUUACUGCCCGGUCCCAAUCUUUUCAGCUUCCCCGCUCUCACUACCCUCGAUGGUGAGGCGGCCAAGGGUUAUUCGGCAAUCCCCCGGUGGAUAAAGGCGCUCGCGGUGCACCUAUGCCCGCAGAGCGCCGCCACCUGGCGCGGGUGCCCAAAGCCCCAGUCCAAGGCCUGUAGGUUUAUGUCGUCUCUGACGCCCAAGGCCUACGGUGCCGCUGGACAAGCCGCCUCCGCCCUGCACGCCAUGGCUCUCCUGCAAGUCCGCCAAGGCACUAAAGGAAUUGCACGAGGGUAGUUCCGCCCCGGGAUUGAUGCAGGAACUGCGCUCAGCGACCGACCUCGCUCUCCGAGCGACGGAGGUCACGGUGCGGUCUCUCGGGCGGACGAUGGCCACACUAGUGGUCCAGGAGCGCCACCUUUGGCUCAACCUGGUCGAGAUGGGUGAGGCCGACAAGACACGAUUCCUUGCUGCCCCCAUUUCCCAGGCGGGCCUAUUCGGCGACACCGUCGAGGACUUUGCCCAGCAGUUCUCGAUGGUAGAGCAGUAGAUGGAUGCUAGCCGGCAUAUCCUGCCCCGGCGCGGCUCAAGAUCCCGCACCCCAUCUACUCAUCGCCAAGGGCGUCCCCCUGCGGUGACUGCACCGGCUUCGCCGCAGCCCGCCCCUUCAGCCUGGCCCCGGCGUGGAGCCCACCGCAGGAAGCAGACGCCACCCGUCUCGCGGCCGCCCAGAACCCGUGAAAGGCUUCAAAGCGCCCUUGAGACGGGCGACCCAGGGACAACGAAACCCGCUGCUCUGGAGCUGGUAAGCAGAUCUUCAUCUUUUUGUUACCUUUUGCAUUUAAUUGCGCUGCAUGCCCAAGUGGCUGCAGUACUCAAGAGCUCAGCAAAAGUGGUUUCCUUGUUCCCUGGGUCACGUAUCCGGUGUGUACGGCUGGCAUCACGACCACCGUCCACCACUCCAUUUGGCAGGUUGGUGCUCCAGCGGUGGUCUCCCGCCCUAAGCACCCAGCUGUGGCACAAAUCCGCCCCCGAUGUGACAGUCUCCACGGGUCACGAGGACAGGCCUCUUCCUCCCCCGUCCCAGGCUGUUCCGGGGGUGGUCACAAGGAGCCAGGUAAGUGCUUCGAUGUCCUCGGACUCAGCACGGCCACGGCGUGGUGUGGCACCUCGAGCUCCGCCCCGCCGUGAGGCCCCACCUGCCCGUACAUCCGAUGACAUUGUCCCUUUGGUCCCCCUUGCGCGGAACUUGGAUGCACGGCUUGCGCCUUCCAGUCGGUCACGAGGGCUGGUCCGGACCGUCCGACUCGGCUGCGCGAUUCACUUCGCUGGGCAUCCGCCCAGGUUCAGCAGUGUCCACUUCACCUUGGUGAAAGACGAAAGCGCUGCUACCUUGCGCGGAGAUCGCUACCCUCCUAUGGAAGGACGCGAUAGAACCUGUCCCUCCAGCCGAGAUGAAGAAAGGGUUUUACAGCCCCUACUUCAUUGUACCAAAAAAAGGCGGUGGGUUGCGGCCAAUCUUGGACCUGCGAGUACUGAACCAGGCUUUACACAGACUCCCGUUCAAGAUGCUGACGCAAAGACGCAUUCUAGCGAGCGUCCGGCAUCAAGAUUGGUUCGUGGCGGUAGACCGAAGGAUGCGUACUUUCACGUCUCGAUCCUUCCUCGACACAGACCCUUCCUGCGGUUCGCGUUCGAGGGUCAGGCGUAUCAGUACAAGUCCUCCCUUUCGGCCUGUCCCUGUCUCCUCGCGUCUUUACGAAGAUCGCAGAGGCUGCCCUUGCCCCGUUAAGGGAGGUGGGCAUUCGCAUUCUCAACUAUCUCGACGACUGGCUAAUCUUAGCUCACUCUCGAGACGUGUUAUGCGCACACAGGGACCUGGUGCCCUCACACCUCAGCCGACUAAAUCUCUUUUCUCGGUUUGGAGUUGGACUCAGUCUCUUUGACAGUGCACCUUGCGAACGAGCACGCCCAGUCGGUGCUGGCCUGUUUGAAGGUGUUCAAACAGAAAACAGCGGUUCCACUGAAACUUUUUCAGAGGCUCCUGGGUCAUAUGGCAUCCUCGGCGGUGGCCACCCCACUCGGGUUGAUGCAUAUGUGGCCGCUUCAGCACUGGCUCCAGACUCGAGUCCCGAGACGGGCAUGGCGCCAUGGGACACACCGCGUGGCCAUUACGUCGGUCUGUCACCGUCUUUUCAGCCCUUGGACCGACCUCUCGUUUCUACGAGCUCUGGUCUCCAGGCGCGUCGUGGUCAUGACAGAUGCCUCCAAAAUGGGCUGGGGCGCUGUUGGCAACGGGCACGCAGCCGCCGGCCUCUGGAUGGGUCCACGGCUGUGUUGGCACAUCAACUGCCUCGAGUUACUGGCAAUUCUGCUCGCCCUGCGGAGGUUCCGGCCGUUGAUCCAGGGUAAGCACAUGCUAGUUCGGACAGACAGCACGGCAGCGGUAGCAUAUGUCAACCACCAAGGCGGUCUGCGCUCCCACUGUAUGUCACAACUCGCCCGCCGUCUCCUCCAACGGAGUCAGCAGCACCUCAAGUCGCUACAACCAAUCACAUCCUGGGCAACCUCAACACUUCAGCAGACGCGCCAUCACAACAGGUUACCCUCAAGGGAGAGUGGAGACUCCACCUUCAGGUGGUCCAGCUGAUUUGGAGUCGAUUCAGGUGCACCUGUUCGCCUCCCAAGAAUCCUCCCCACUGCCCGCUCUGGUACGCCCUGACCGAGGCCUUCCUCGGCAUAGACGCGCUGGCACACAGCUGGUCCCCUGGCAUUCGCAAAUAUGCAUUUUUCCCCCAGUGAGCCUGCUUACACAGACCCUGUGCAAGGUCAGGGAGGACGAGGAGAAGGUCGUCCUGGUAAGCACCCUACUGGCCCACCCAGACGUGGUGCUCAGACCUCACGCUCCUCGCGACAGCUCCCCCCGGGCAAAUUCCCCUGAGGAAGGACCUUCUUUCUCAGGGAAGGGGCACCAUCCGGCACCCGCGCCCAGACCUCUGGAAUCUCCAUGUCUGGCCCCUGGACGGGACGCGGAAGACCUAAGCUGUCUCCCACCUGAGAUGGUAGACACGUUCACUCAGGCUAGGGCUCCCUCUACGAGGCGCCUGUAUGCCUUUUAAGUGGCGUCUGUUCGCUAAGUGGUGUUCUUCCUGUCGGGAAGACCCCCAGAGAUGCACAGUCAGAUCAGUGCUUUCCUUCCUGCAAGAGAGGUUGGAAGGGAGGCUGUCCCCUUCCACCUUGAAGGUGUACGUUGCUGCCAUAGCAGCACACCACGAUGCAGUCGAUGGUAAGUCCUUAGGGAAGCAUGAUCUGAUCAUCAGGUUCCUAAGUGGCGCCAGGAGGCUGAAUCCCUCCAGGCCACGCCUCGUUCCCUCAUCGGACCCCUGUAGUUUUUCAGGGUCUACAGAGAGCCCCCUUUGAGCUUUGCAGUCAGCCGAGCUUAAGGCACUCUCCUUGAAGACUGCCCUCCUGACUGCGCUCACUUCCAUCAAGAGGGUAGGUGACCUGCAAGCGUUCUCUGUCAGCGAAACGUGCCUGGAGUUUGGUCCGGGCUAUUCUCACGUGAUCCUGAGACCCCGACCGGGCUAUGUGCCCAAGGUUCCCACCACUCCUUUUAGGGACCAGGUGGUGAACCUGCAAGCACUGCCCCAGGAGGAGGCAGACCCAUCCCUGUUGUUGCUGUGUCCGGUGCGCGCUUUACGCAUCUAUUUGGAUUGCAUGCAGAACUUUAGAGUCGCUGAGCAGCUCUUUGUCUGCUUUGGUGCACAGCGGAAAGGAAGCGCUGUCUCCAAGCAGAGGAUCGCCCACUGGCUCAUUGACGCCAUAACUAUGGCAUAUCUUGCCCAAAACAUGUCGCCCCCGGUAGGGCUACGAGCCCAUUUUACCCGUGGUGUAGCGGCUUCUUGGGCCCUGGCCAGAGGUGUGUCUCUAACAGACAUUUGCAGAGCAGCGGGCUGGGCAACACCCAACAACUUUGUAAGGUUCUACAACCUCCGGGUGGAACCGGUUUUGUCCCAGGUAGUGGCACGCAACACAAGCGGAUAAGCCCGGGAUAGCCGGCUGGGUGUAUCGCUUGCACAUAGCACCUUCCACCUCCUUUUGAGCUGAAGACGUGCGCUGUUAAUUCCCAGUAGUGUUCACAAAAGUUGUUCCCUGGUUGACUUCCUCCGAGCCCUGUGACAGUCAAGUUUUCGGAGAGACUCGCUGCCGGCCCAGUACACGUGCUAAUUAAGAGCCCGGUUCUGGGGUAGGUGCUCCGCAUGUGGCGGUUCCCUGUAAGGCUAACCCCAUGCGAUCUAUAUCUUCCGCUAAUUCGUUUCCCUGCUGGCAAACUGCGUCUUCCUUGGGCAGAGCCCCUCUGCCCCUGUCUCCAUGUUGUAGUAACUCCUCCCCCAUUGGGCAGGAUCUACCUUGAAGGCUCUCCACAUGGUUGGAAAGACCAUGUGAUGUAUUCUUCCACGUAAAUAUCCCCCCCUCUCUUGGGGUGAGGUGUGGUCUCCGCGGUGUCCUCCCCUUGGGAGGGACACCCCCCGACUAGACCUGGCGGCCCAGUCGGAUAAUCCCCCUUCUUUUUUAGGGAGUGGAAAAAGAGAAGGGGAAAGAGGCCACGACUGGGUUAAGCCUGUCUCUAUCUCUGGGUAAUCUACUUGUCCCCAAAAAGGGCCGUUCGACACUCAUAACUGUGUUGGGGGAGGUUACGUGUCGACCUGGUGUGCUGGCUAUGAGGCACACAGCAAGUCUGCCCACCACACACCGCCAGUUCACGUAACACAGUUCAGCCUUGUGGCGUUUUGUAUAGGGACCCCUAGUGUCACUACAUCGACACCAACGUCGAGUGAGUGACAGAUAGGGAACGUCAUGGUUACCACAACGCUGAACUACCCGCUGAAAUGGCCGGACCUUAUAUCGGCUCCUCAGCGUAAAACCUGAAUGAGUGGUUGCAUACCAGCUCCUUUUAUACCCGUAUCUGCGGGGGAGUGGCAUGCAAAUACCACUCGCCAAUUUUCAUUGGCCUUUUAUCAAAGACCAGAGGUGUCUCGGGCUCCCAAGAGUGACCCCUAGUGUCACUACAUCGACACCAACGUCUCGUUCCCUCCAUCAGGGAACGGAGGUUACACCAGUAACCAUGACGUUUCUGUUCCCCCUCCCCACCAAGUUGGUAAAUCUAGGGCCGCAGAUGUGGAGGUAAUGUCUGAGCCGGUGUGCUGGCACUGCAAAAAACCAGGACACAUUCAGGAUCAAUGCCCGGUGAUGGAUGUGGGGCCGUGAGUCCAGGUUUUCGAUGCAUCACAAGCCGCCCCUGAUUGAGCAGGGACGUACCGCAUACCAGUGAGUAUCCAAGGGGGUACAUACCAAGCCUUGGUGGAUUCAGGUUGUAAUCAGACUUCGAUUCACAAAAGCUUGGUUCAAGGUGUGCGGAUGGGUCCUGCAGUACGGUAAUUCGGUGUGGGAUUUGUGCAGCGCUGGCUGGGGAGGCGUUUCCUGAGCAGUCGAUGUCAUCUCCACGUCAGGGAAACCCGGAGGAAAGUGAGGGCUCCACCCCUUCAGUCAUCCGGGAAAACUCCAUAGGGGAUUUCCCUCUGCCAUAGGGUAUUUCCCUCUGGAGCAGACAAGGGACGAGUCUCUCAGGCACACCUUUGACCAAGUGAGAGUAAUUGAUGGUCAAAAGCUUCAGCCCAGUGUUGCGCUUCCCUAUCCAUACUUUUCAAUUAUUAAAGUUAGGUUGUAUCGAGUUAAGCAGGAUGCUCUAACAAAAGCAGAUACAACCCAGUUGUUAAUUCUGACUCGAUGGCAGGACAUUAAGAGCAGGAUAAGACAGUGUGCUGUCUCAUGGACUGUUUUUAUUGGCCGGGCAUUCGUGGAGAUGUACGCAUGUGGUGUGCUGCAUGUCGCGAAUGUCAGUUGGUGAAUCCACCGGCCACUCCAAAAACACCAUUGCGCCCUCUUCUGUUGAUCAAGUUCCUCUUCGAAAGAAUUGGCAUGGACCUCAUUGGGCAUUAGAACGGACAACACGGGGAAUCACUUUGUAUUAGUCUUGGUGGAUUAUGCAAUGCGAUACCCUGAAGCAGUGGCCCUGUGCAACAUUUCAGCACGCAGUGUUGCGGAGGCACUCUUCAAAACUAUCUCCUGAGUUGGGAUUCCGAAAGAGAUCCUUACUGAUCAGGGCACCUUGUUUAUGUCACGUACACUACGCAAACUGUAUGAACUAUUUGGGAUUAAGUUGAUCCGCACCAGCGUUUACCAUCCUCAAAUGGAUAGCCUGGUCGAACGAUUUAAUAGGACCCUUAAAAACAUGGUUCGGAAGUUUGUAUAUGAAGACGCACAAAAUUGGGAUAAGUGGCUAGAAUCCCUGUUAAUUUCAGGGAUCUCCACAGGGUUUCCUCCUUUGAAUUAAUUUACGGCCGCAAGCCUCGGGGCAUCCUAGAUAUUCUGAGGAAAAUUGGGAGGAGGGACCUUCAGAGAGUAAGAAUUAAAUUCAAUACGUUCUGGACCUGAGAGCAAAACUCCACACAUUGUGGCAACUAAUACAGGAGAAUUUGCUCCAGGAACGGCAGUCCUGGCUCUAUAACAGGGGCACAGCAACGGGAAUUUUCACAUGGAGAUAAGGUCCUUGUGUUAUUACCCACAUCGAGCUCUAAAUUGUUAGCCAAGUGGCAAGGGCCUUUUGUGGUCACACGGCGAGUUGGGGAAGUCAACUAUGAGGUAAUACGGAUGAAUCUCCUAAAACCAUGGAGUGAGGUGGCACUCGUGGCUUUGGCGAAUGUUGUCUCAGAGAGAGCGGAGUUAGGUCCGGAGUUGGCAUCAAAAAAACACCCAUCAAACCACCCCAGUACCCUGUGGGGACCACCUCUCACCGUCCCAAGUCAUUGAGGUUGACAGGUUGCAGAAGGAGUUUUCCGACGUGUUUUUCUGAUGGUCGUAUGAACCUCAUAGAACACCACAUUUAGACAACCCCAAGGGUGGUGGUACAUUCCCACCCCUAUCGGUUACCGGAACACAAGAAAAAAGUGGUCCAGGAGAACUUGCCAUCCAUGCUUGAUAUGGGAAUAAUUGAGGAGUCCCAAAGUAACUGGGCCAGCCUGGUGGUUCUGGUACCGAAGUCCGACGGGUCGGUCCGGUUUUGUGUGGACAAUUGAGAAGUUAACACGGAGUCUAGUUUUGAUGCUUACCCAAUGCCUCGCAUUGACGAACUACUCAAUCGGUUAGGUGCGGCUUGCUUUUAUUAGACACUGGAUUUAACAAAGGGAUUCUGGCAGAUCCCCUUGACUCCCGUGUCCUGAGAAAAAACUGCUUUUUCCACUCCGUUUGCCUCACACCAAUUUGUUACCCUUCAGUUUGGUUUGUUUGGGUCCUGGCUAUGUUUCAGUGACUCAUGGACAAAAUUCUCCACCUGCACGCUGCAAAUGCCCCUGCCUACCUGGAUGAUAUAAUUAUUUAUAGCAAUAAUUGGCAGUGACAUAUCCAGCAUCUGAGGGCUGUCCUGAGAUCGCUGAGAUGGGUGGGACUCACAGCGAACCCGAGGAAGUGUGCAAUUGGACAGUUGAAAAUACGGUAUCUGGGUUUCCACUAGGGUCAUGGACAAGUGCAUCCCCAAAUUGACAAGACAGUAACUAUUGCGGUUUGUCCGAGACCCAAGACCAAAAAGGAGGUGAGACAGUUCCUGGGGUUGGCUGGCUAUUAUCGUAGGUUUGUUUCUAACUAUUCGACUGUCACCAGCCCGCUGACUGAUCUUACUAAAAAGGGAGCUCCAGAUCCAGUCCAGUGGACGGAGCUGUGCCAACAGGCUUUUACUCAAGUGAAAGCUACAUUUUGUGGCGGACCACUUCUACACUCUCCUGAUUUCUCACUCCCUUUUGUUUUAAAGAUCGACGCGUCGGACAGGGGGUUGGGAGCCGUGUUGUCCCAGGUGGUCGAGGGGCAGGUGUACAUCAGCUGGAAACUUGGUAAGAGAGUCAAGGUACAGCACCACUGAGAAGGAAUGUCUGGCCAUCAAGUGAGUAGUCCUUACCCUUCAGUAUUACCUCCUGUGACGGGAUUUCACCCUCUGUUUGGACCAUGCCCCACUCCAGUGGCUCCAUCGCAUGAAGGAUCCAUGAAGGAUACCAACGCGCGGAUCACCCAUUGGUAUCUAGCUCUUCAGCCGUUUAAGUUCGAGGUGCUCCAUAGACCGGGGACACAGAUGGCUGUCACAGGCUUCCUCUCUCGAAAUGGGGGGGGAGUAGCGGGCUGGCUGGUUGGCUUCCCUGCCUGAGUCAGGCGAUGGGGGUAUGUGGAGGUGGGAGUGUUAAGGAGUUACACCUGUGGGCAAUUUUACUAACAGCUGUUCUGUGUUGCAGUGAGAGGCAGAGAGAUAAAAGGGAGCUGAGGGCCACAGAGGAGAGAGGAGUGACAUGCGCCGUUCUGUGUCCCAAUGACACCACAGUGACUGCUCGAAUCUCUGCCUGCCUGGCAAACAUCUCGGCCUGGAUGAAGGAACACCACCUGCAACUCAACUCAGCUAAGACCGAACUCCUUGUCUUUCCAGCCAACCCUGCUGUUGAACACAACAUCACCGUGCAGCUGGGUGCAACUACAGUAACAACUUCCAAAACAGUCAGAAAUCUAGGGGUAAACAUCGAUAACAAACUAAAUUUCACAGACCACAUCUCAAAGACCGCAAGAUCAUGUAGAUUUACACUCUACAAUAUCAGGAAGAUAAGACCCUUCCUCUCUGAACAUGCCACAAAUCUGCUUGUUCAAUCACUUGUCAUAACUAGACUAGACUACUCAUUGCAGGCCUCCCUGCAUGUGCAAUUAGACCCCUGCAAAUGAUCCAGAAUGCAGCAGCACAUCUGGUAUUUAAUCAACCAAAGAGAGUGCAUGUUACACCACUCCUUGUCUCUCUCCACUGGCCGCCGGUUAAUGCACGUAUCAAAUUCAAGGCUCUGAUGCUGGCAUACAGAACAGUCACUGGUUCUGCUCCAGCAUACCUAAAAUCAUUUCUGCAGAGCUACGCGCCCACUAGAAGCCUGCAGUUGGCUAAAGAACGUUGCCUUGUUGUGCCAACACAAUAUUCGGAUGGCACCAGCCCACUGACUGAUCUCAUCGAAGAGGGAGCACCAAGGGUCUGGGUAGCUCAGCGUGUAUUGACACAGACUACCACCCCUGUAGUCGCAAGUUCGAAUCCAGGGCAUGCUGAGUGACUCCAGCCAGGUCUCCUAAGCAACCAAAUUGGCCCAGUUGCUAGGGAGGGUUGAGUCACAUGGGGUAACCUCCUCGUGGUUGCUAUAAUAUGUGGUUCUCGCUCUCGGUGGGGCACGUGGUGAGUUGUGCAUGGGUGCCAGUGGCAGGCCGGAUGGUUCCCCGGCCUGAGUUGGGCAGUGGGGGUAUGUGGAGGUGGGGGUGUGAGGUCCGGGAACCUGUUUGUGUUCCCAGUGAGCCAUGACAUGGAAAUAAAAGGGGAGGAGAUAGCGGCAGAGAGAGAGAGAACCAGAAACCAGUUCUGUUGAAAAGCAAACAUUGAGUGUGUAAUAAAUACUGAAAUGUAUCAAAAUAAAAGACUAUCUUUGGAACGAGACACAUCAUCUCCCACUUCCUCUUUCCGAGAACUAAAAGGGAUUUGUUACACCACUGUUGUCAGAUGUUCUUAAAUCGUAAUCUUGACCAACUGCUUUGGAGAUUUUGGUCUUUACCCAUUCUAGUAGAUAGGAGCUGUACUUUUAUGCCACUUGUAUCCUUAGAAAAUAGUGGCCCAGAUUGUUCCAAAGAUGGCGGCUGAGUGGACUGAUUUGUUUUGAAAGGGACUUUGAGUGAGCCCUGUAUCCAACCACUAUCUUAUUUUUCCCAUUCA